UUUCGGGUCAGAGGGUAAGGAAUAAAACAGUACAGAAUCUCGUCGCAUGAAACAACCAUUCCUAACCGGCGUGCAUAAGGAUUUGGAUAACAGCCGUCCUCAGAUAUUUCAUUUUCACUACUCGACUGGGCAACGCAAUUUGAUCUUCUCCGCUUCGCCUUAAUCCUCUUCGAAAUAUUGUGAAAGCCCAAAGACAGCCAACAAAUCACCACGAGACAAGAUGCGGGCCAAACGAAGCAAGAAAUAUCGGAAAAUCAUGUCCAGCUAUCAAAUGGCAUUUGGAUUCCGCGAACCAUACCAAGUUCUACUCGAUUCACAUUUCCUCAAGACCUGCUAUUCCUUCCACAUGCCGCUACAGAAAUACGUCGAGAAUACCCUCCAUGGACAGGCGAGGCUGUUUAUAACCAACUGUACAUUGAGCCGGAUAAUGGCAGAGCAUGAGAAGGAAAAGGCAAGACUCAAGGCCAGAAACGGCGAGGGCAAUACUCCAAGACUGAAGAAUCGACCAGACUUCUUGCCUCCCCCGCUGGACCUACCCAUGCGGCAUUGCAAGCACAAGAAUGAUGCAGGCGAGGAUCUUGGAGUGAUUAGUGAGGCGAGGUGCUUACUGGACUUGGUGGCAGACCAUCCACAUGGAAAUGAAUUGGCAAAGAAUAAACAACAUUACAUCCUCGCAACGGCGGAUGCUGAUGAGAAAGAACAGAGGAGCAAGUCGUUUCUCAAUGUCAGAGAGAGGGCGAGAAUGAUUCCUGGAGUUCCCAUCAUUUAUGUCAAAAGAAGUGUCAUGAUCUUGGAGGAGUUUAGCGGAGUCAGCGCAAGGGUCAGGGUCAAGGCCGAAAAGGAGAAAUUCUCCGAAGGACUAGUCAAUGAUAGGAAGCGGAAGAGAGGAGAAGGGGCCGACGACAGCAGCGAUGAGGACGACGGUCUCGAGGUCUCAGAACAUAAUCCAAAGGGUCGUGGGCUGGGAAGGGCCAAAGGUCCCAAUCCGCUCAGCGUCAAGAAGAAAAAGGCCAAACAUUCACAGGAGGAUGGGCCCCCUAGUACGCAACCAGAUGGGUCUAGCGAAGGCCGGAGGAAGAAAACGCGGAGAGGCACAAGAGGGAAGCGCAGGCCAAAGGGAGAGAAUGAAACUCUGAAUACCACGGCCCAGACUGAGACCGGCGGCGAAGCGACAGGCGCAACGGAUACAUGAGUUAUUUUCUUGAGAGGCGAUUUGAACGAUGCUCACGGACAAAAAGUGAUUCCCCAAGGCUACAUCGCAUAGCAUAGGCCAAAGGAAGUAAUGAAGUGUAUGGAUUAGAAUACAA